AUGGCCACUGCCCAUGCGCGAUCACAAUUUCCCUGUUCUCUUGUAAUCGAUGUUCCCCUCCUGAACCACCGCCUCGCAUCUUCCGCCUUGCGCGCCCUUCAGGUCGAUGCUGAAAUAUCUCCCCUUGUGCGCCGAAAAUUUUCCUUGAUAUCCUCAGACUCAGAGUCCCGUGCAGGGAAAGCAAAUGACCAGGACGGCGACGCAGGAUUGAAGGAUGAGAAGAACACGAUUCUUCGCACCGAAUACAGCGCCACGACCAACCGAAUGCUCCGAGUGGCUGUUAAUGGCUUCAUGGAAUCUCUAGGAGUUGUCCUGCAAGUCAUGGAAGAGCUAGAUGUAGACGUACUGGAGCCACAGACAUGA